GUGGUUGAGAAUAAAGUGAGAGAAGAUAAAUUAAAAAAAGAUCGGCAAAAGCCGAUGUAUGGGAACUUGAAGCUACCAGCUUGGAGCUAGAGCAAUCGAACUUCUCUCCAUUCCUAACCCCACCACUAUAUAUAACACCCCCGAUUACCUUCAUGCUUUAAGCUGUGGUAUCCAGAGUUUGGUUUCAUUGGAUCUUCUCUCCCUGUAACUCCAACUACCACCUUUUAUAGCUUCAAAGAUCAUCCAGCUCCUUAACAAUGAAGAUUUUCAGUUGGAUGCAAAGCAAGCUGAAUGCCAAGCAAGUGACUAAAAAGCCAGAUAAAAUUGCAGCUAAUAAUCAUAUGGCUCAAGCUACAUCCAAAGAAGAAUUUAGUGAUUGGCCUCACUCACUACUAGCAAUUGGAACAUUUGGAAUCAGUAACUUGAAAGCAGAUUCAGAAAGCGAAAGUCAAGGUCCAAGUCAACGCUAUCCACAGUCCCCAACACCUGAAGAACUCCAAGAAGAAGAAGAACUAAACUCUUAUUUGGAGACAGCAGAAUCAGAAAGUCUUGAACCUCCAUCACAAUCUGUUUGUGAAGAAAGAGACAUCCGUCUGCAACGUAGCAUCUCUGGCAUGUUCUCUAGAGGGAAGGACAUUUUAAUGGAUCCAAAAAACAACGUCAUCAGAAAGAAGUCACUGACUUUUCUCCUUAAGAACAUGUUCACAUCCAGAAGUAGGUUCAACCAUGCUUCAUUUGUAAGAGAUUCAUUACCCGACCCAACCUUGGACAAGUCAAGAAUGGAGAAGGUAUUGAGGGCGAUACUAAACAAGAAGAUACAUCCCCAAAGUUCUACUGCCAAGGGAAUGCCAAAGAAGUACUUGGGGGGGAAAGAGAUAUCCAUGGGUGAGGAUGAUGAGGAUGAUAGCGAAGGAAGCAUAUGGGUUAAGACGGAUUCAGAAUAUAUUGUUCUAGAGAUUUGAUUGGGACCAACAACAUUAGCAUCUCCAAUUAAUCUUGAAUUGCAUGUACAAAGUGAAGAAGUUUGGAUUAAAAGAUGAAGAAAACAAGGAUAUCCUGACCUGUUGUGAAGAAAUGUUGCUUGCACCAAACCAUGUUUGGUUUUUUUCUUGACAACAGAUUGAUGAUCUUUUUCCCCCAAAGGAAUUUUUAUCCUUGAGUUUAAGGCUCCUGAAACAUGAUUGCGGUUAAUAAAAUCUGUGAUUCAC